AUGAUAGCUGAUGAUCAAAGAGAAGCUGAUUUUGUUAAGACCAAAACUUGUUUUGAAUUUGCAAAUACCAGAUUAAGUACUAAAAUUGCUGAAUUAAGAGCUGAUGUGCAAUAUUUAUAAUAAUAAUUAUUAGAAUUAAAUAACAAUAUUGCAAUUAAUUAAGAUUUAGUCAAUCUUAAAACCAAAGAAAAUUCAGAUUGGCAAUAAUCUUGCAAUGAUGCUUAAAAUAGUGAUAAUGGUUUGACUGAUUACAGAAACCAAUAGAUUGUAAUUAUUGAUGAGUGCCUUUCAUUAUUAUAAGGACAUGACUCAGAAAUCGUCUAAUUCAUUUAGAAAUUUGUUUGA